GAAAAAUAAGAAAUCCGAAAAGGCCACGUGACAGUAAUUGCUGAAGGAGUGGGACCCGGUGUUACUGAGAGAAGAGAGAAGACGUGGCCAAAACAAAAGUGGAAAACAGAUUUUGAACGGACACACGAAUUUGUCGGAAAAAAGGCUCUGUUUCGUAUUUCUCCAUGUAUAUAUGGCCGAGAGGAAGAUUGGCUUUACCCGACGAAAAUUCUACGUGGAAUUUUUGGAAAAUGAGGCCUUCAUCUUCUUCUUCUUCUUCAUCUUCAUCAUCAUCCUCUAGUUCUCAAUCGUUUAGGCUGUCUUCGGUGACAGUGGCUGUCGACAAAGCCACGAGCGAGCUUCUCCUCACUCCUGAUUGGACCAUCGUCAUUGCCAUCUGCGACUCCCUCAAUUCUAAUCGCUGGCAAUGCAAAGAUGCGAUCAAAGCUGUCAAGAGAAGAUUAAACCACAAGAGUUCUAAAGUACAAUUACUCACUUUAACGUUGUUGGAGGCAAUGCUUAAAAACUGUGGGGACUUUGUUCAUUCUCAUAUCGCUGAGAAACAUCUUCUUGAAGAUAUGGUUAAGAUUGUCAGGAAAAAGGGUGAUUUUGAAGUGAGGAACAGAAUAUUGAUAUUGUUGGAUACUUGGAACGAAGCAUUCAAUGCAGUUGCUUGCAGACACCCUCACUACAAUUGGGCCUUCCAAGAGCUUAAAAGGUGUGGGGUGAAAUUCCCACAACGUUCAAAAGAAGCACCCCUGAUGCUUGCACCACCUCCACCUCCCCCGACUUCCACACAGUCUUCUUCUUCUUCUUCUUCUAUGAACUUAAUGUCCAUUGGUUCGUUUCGAAGGCUUGAUGAAACAAUGGCUGCGGAAAUUGAGAGCCUAAGCUUAUCAAGCCUUGAAUCGAUGAGAAAUGUGAUGGAUCUUGUGAAUGACAUGGUUAAAGCCAUGAAUCCUUCUGAUAAAUCAGUAAGUGCAGAAUUAUAUGCAUCACUCCUCCCAAUGAUCGAAUCUCUAACUAAUCUGGUAUUUCAUCUUCCACAGGCCUUAAAAGAUGAGCUAAUAGUUGACCUAGUAGAGCAGUGCAGAUCUAAUCAGAAGAAAUUAAUCCAGAUGCUCACCACAACUGCGGACGAGGAUGUUUCGGCACGUGGUCUCGAGCUGAAUGACUCUUUGCAGGUAGUGCUCGCGAGACACGACUCUAUUGCCUCUGGUGUCUCUCUUCCAAUGUUGCAGGCCCCAGAGACAAAGACCGGCGAUGCUGCUGCUCUUAAGUCUGACUCGGACGAGUCUUCUUCAUCAUCCAGCAGUGAAAGUGAAACAGAUGAGCGGGAUGAGGAUAUUAAAGACGACUUUAUGCAGUUAGCCAAAAGGCACGCUCUGUUAAAUGCCGAACACAUCGAGGAAGAAGAAGAAACAUUGCUUCUAGGAAACACCAAUGAAAACGCUGCAGAAAUAGAAGCCAAGACACAGUGCAAAGAGCUAGCUUUAUUCGGCACAACAACAACAACGGCAACAACCAAGUCAGAGCAGGACAUUAUUGAACUUCUCAGCCUAACUCUGUCAACAACUGCGCUGCCAACUCCACAAACGCAACCGCAAGAGCAGGCUCCACCGUUUUUUGCUGAAGAUAAUAUUCUUAUGAACAGCUACGUUGUCCCCUGGGCACAACAAUCUCAGGGAGAACCACCGCAAGUCCCAAAAAUGGCUCAGUUUGCUCCACCGGGGCCUCAGUUUCAGCCAUGGAUUCCGCAGCAGCAGCAGCAGCAACAACAAGCGUUUUCAUACGGUUAUCCUCAGCCACAAUGGAGCAGUGUCCACCAAGUAAACAGUAAUGAGCCAACAACAUUGUGGAGUCAAGGAGGAGGCAAUGAAAGUAAGAUAUUUGAGAGAAACUUGCAAUACUCAAACUCCUUCCCGGCUAGAGCCGCGGGGACAUCCGGUGCUGCUGUGGCUGGCAGCAGCAGAGACCCUAUGUUCCUCCGUACAAAUUAUUUGAAGAUCUAAACGUCUUCCGGAACGCAGAUGGAGGCGUCUGGAGUAGCAAAUGACCUUUCUUCUUUUUUAUAUCACUCUACUCAAGGGGGAUAUAUCAUAAAUAGUUCCAAAAACUACUUCAAA